AUGGCUGCGGAAGCUGGACACUUGGAAAUUCUAAAAUGGGUACAUGAGAAUGGAUGUCCCUGGAAUGAGUGGACAUGCACAGCGGCAGCAAAGAAUGGUCACUUUGAAAUUCUCCAAUGGGUGCGACUAGAUGGGUGCCCUUGGGAUCAGGGUACGUGCACGGGUGCUGCCGAAAAUGGACAUUUGGAAAUGCUAAAGUGGGCUCGUGAGAAUGGAUGUCCAUGGAGUACAACAACCUCUUGGGCAGCCGCUAAAGAAGGUCACUUUGAGGUACUGAAAUGGGCCAGGGAGAAUGGAUGCCCCUGGGAUGAUUCCGUGUGCAAUGCGGCUGCAGGAGCUGGUCAUUUUGAAAUUAUGAAAUGGGCCCAUGAGCAUGGAUGUCCAUGGGGUGAAUCCACAUCCUCCAUUGCUGCUGGGAAUGGUCAUUUUGAAAUUCUAAAGUGGGCUCUGGAGCAUGGAUGCCCCCGAGAUGAAUUAACCUGUUCGAAUGCCGCCAGAGGUGGUCAAUUGGAGAUUCUGCAAUGGCUGCACGAGAAUGGGUUUCCGUGGCAUGCAAACACAUGUUCCUAUGCUGCUGGAAGUGGCCAUUUACACGUUUUAAAAUGGGCCCACGCAAAUGGGUGCCCAUGGGAUGCCAGAACAUGUGCUGCAGCUGCUUUGAGUGGACAUUUGGAGGUACUACAAUGGGCUCGUGAAAAUGGUUGCCCGUGGGAUAGAAAUACAUGCAAGAAAGCUGCAGAGCGGGGCCAUGUGGAAAUCCUAAAGUGGGCUCAAGAGAAUGGAUGCCCAGAUUAG